UUUUUAAAGGCGUUGGUGGGGCGCGCCUUGAGGCGAGGCGCAGCGAAAACGCGUUGAGGCGUUAAAAAUAAAGCGAAACACCUGAAAGGCGUACGCUUUUCUGGUGAGGCGUGAUUGAGGCGCGCUUUGAGCGCGCCUUUCACGCUUUUUCGAUGAGGCGUACGCGUCGUCGGAUCUGAUGUGGCAAUGAAAGAUUUAAAAAAAAACCCUAAGAAUACCUAAAACCCCAGUCCCGACUGAAAACAAACCCAAAACAAACCCUACCUCUUCCAGUCAAGCGGCGACGGAGUGCUCACCCUCGGCGGCGACCAAUCGCAGCGAUCUUCUCCGGCGGCAAUCCCUCUCAUCUCCAGAAUAAGUUCCUCCGAUUCGAAAAAUUCAAGAAAGGAUUUUGUGUGGAAGUAUGUGAUUGAAGUUUCUGGAGAGCAAUAUAUAAGAUGUAAAUUUUGCAAUCAAAGAUGUACGGGAGGGGUGAAUAGACUAAAGCAUCACUUAGCCGGAACUCAUCAUGGUAUGAAACCAUGCAGCAAAGUUAGUGAAGAUGCUAGAUUGGAAUGUAAAGAGGCAUUGGUUAAUUUUAAGGAUCAAAAAACGAAGAGAAAUGAAUUGCUCCAAGAAAUUGGUAUGGGUCCAACUUCAAUGCAUGAAAGUGCCUUGUCCAAAACAAUAGGGACAUUAGGGAGUGGGAGUGGGAGUGGGAGUGUAAGUGGGAGUGGGGAACCUAUUCCUAGGGGACCCAUGGAUAAAUUUACCACUUCACAACCUAGACAAAGUACGUUGAAUUCAAAGUGGAAGCAAGAAGAAAGGAAGGAAGUGUGUAGAAAAAUUGGUAGGUUUAUGUAUUCAAAAGGUCUCCCAUUCAACACUGUGAAUGAUCCUUAUUGGUUUCCUAUGAUAGAUGUUGUUGCAAACUUUGGGCCCGGGUUUAAGCCUCCAUCUAUGCACGAAUUGAGGACAUGGAUUCUUAAAGAAGAGGUGAAUGACCUAAGUAUCAUUAUGGAAGAUCACAAAAAAGCUUGGAAACAAUAUGGAUGUUCAAUUAUGUCAGAUGGUUGGACAGAUGGAAAAAGUAGGUGUCUUAUCAAUUUUUUGGUGAAUAGUCCUGGUGGCACUUGGUUUAUGAAAUCAAUUGAUGCUUCUGAUACAAUAAAAAAUGGGGAAUUGAUGUUCAAAUAUCUUGAUGAGGUGGUUGAAGAAAUUGGAGAGGAGAAUGUUGUGCAAGUCAUCACUGAUAAUGCCUCUAAUUAUGUGAAUGCUGGAACGAGGCUUAUGGAAAAAAGGAGUAGAUUGUGGUGGACUCCUUGUGCUGCUCAUUGCAUUGAUUUGAUGUUGGAGGAUAUUGGAAAGCUAAAUGUUCAUGCUACUACACUUUCUCGAGCUAGGCAAGUUGUGAAGUUUAUAUAUGGGCAUACUUGGGUUCUUAGCUUGAUGAGAACAUUUACAAAAAAUCAUGAACUUAUUCGUCCAGCAAUUACACGGUUUGCUACUGCAUUUCUUACUCUCCAAAGUAUUUAUAAGCAAAAGCAAGCUCUUAUAGCAAUGUUCUCCUCAGAAAAAUGGUGUUCAAGCACAUGGGCUAAAAAGGUAGAAGGUGUGAAAACUCGAAGUACAGUGUUGUUUGAUCCAAAUUUUUGGCCUCAUGUUGCUUUUUGCAUAAAGACCACUGUUCCAUUAGUUAGUGUCUUGAGAGAGGUUGAUUCAGAGGAAAGACCAGCCAUGGGUUAUAUUUAUGAGUUGAUGGAUUCAGCUAAGGAGAAGAUUGCAUUUAAUUGUGGGGGCAUGGAGAGAAAAUAUGGCCCAAUUUGGAGAAAAAUUGAUGCAAGAUGGACUCCGCAACUUCAUCGACCUUUACAUGCAGCAGGCUAUUAUCUUAAUCCUCAAUUGAGGUAUGGAGAUAAGUUCUCUAAUGUUGAUGAGGUGAGGAAGGGAUUAUUUGAAUGCAUGGAUAGGAUGUUGGAUUAUCAAGAACGUUUAAAAGCUGACAUUCAGUUGGACUCAUAUGACCAAGCAAUGGGUGAAUUUGGGAGUCGUAUUGCAAUUGAUUCUCGAACAUUAAGAAGUCCUACAAGUUGGUGGAUGCGUUUUGGGGGUUCAACACCGGAGUUGCAAAAGUUUGCUAUUCGAGUCCUUAGCCUUACUUGUAGUGCUUCGGGAUGUGAAAGAAAUUGGAGCACAUUUGAAUCGAUCCAUACAAAAAAAAGAAAUAGACUUGAACAUCAAAGGUUGAAUGCUCUAGUGUAUGUAAGGUACAACACUAGAUUGAGAGAGCGAAGUCUACAAAGGAAACAAAAUGUUGAUCCAAUCUUGGUAGAGGAGAUUGAUUCUGAUGAUGAAUGGAUUGCAGAGAAAGAAGAUCCCCUCCUCCCCCUUGAUCUUUGUUGGCUUCAAGAUAAUGAAUUAUUCAAUGUUGAUGCCAUUAGAGUUGUGUCAUCCAACUCCCAAGAGACGCAAACAUCAUCGGAUCAUAUGGUUUCUUCACAUUCCUACAAAAGGAAACAUAAUGAAGUACCAAGUACAAGUGGAGGCAAAGGCAAAGAGAAGGAAUUGAAUUUGACACCAAUUGAUGAAGAUGAAGAUUUAGAUGAAAUGGGGAUACAUGAUAGUGGACAUUUUCCUACUAUUGAUACAUUGGAUGAGGAUGAUGAUGACCUUGGAGAGGAGGAUUUAAGUUGAAACAAUUUACUCUAGUUGUUAUUUCAUGACUUAGUUAUGGAUUUUUUGUAAAAGUUUAGAACUAUUAUUAUGGUUGACUCUAUUUUCUAUUUCAUGACUUAGUUUUGGCUUUUUGUUAAAGUUUGAAACUAUUAGUAUAGUUGAAUCUAUAAUCUAUUUUAUGAA